AUUGGUUCAAGUGGUCCAUGAUUAUUAAUCCGAAUGAUAAUAAAUGGGAAAUAAUUGGUAAAACUGAAAAAAGUUCGAUGAAUCGAUUCAUCCAUUGAUUUUCAUAACCUCAAGAUGGCCAACAUUGACAGGGCGUCAUGGCACCCAACUGAGUUUCAGUGUUAUGCCGGUUGUGAUGCAACGUACUCUUCACCGGCAUUCUGCAUCUACAAUUGCAUGUUUCGUUAUUUUUACUGCCUAAAUGUUAUUCGCGAGUGUAAUAAUCGAUUAAUUAAUUACCCGGUUCGUUCAUAACUUCACCAAAAAAGAUGAAUGUUUCAAUAUCUCCAAAAUACAAGUGUGUAAUUUUUCCCAACAAAUCUUGGCCUGUCCAUGAGGUCGAAAUCCGAGGAGUAGCAGAUAUUUAUGAUGAACUUGAGGAGAAGUUAAGGAUCCUAGGCCAGAAAAGCUUUGCUUUCUCAUCAGACACCGAUGUUUCUCCCAAAGAGAGGGGACUUCUUGAAAGAGAAAAAUAUAAAUGCCGAACAGUGAAAAAUAAUGCUGCGGGAAUGUCCCAAUUGUUUGAGGAUGCACGACAGAGUCUCAAGUAGCAAAAAAGUUCAUCAAGAGUCCAAUGCAAGGAUGCUGCUAUACGUAAAACUCUAUCAAAGCAGCAAAACGGCAACGAUUUUAUGCAUAAAUCUGAUUCAGAAAAAUCUGUUUCAUCUGCUGAUGGGAGCACAACGUUGUUUUCGGUCUCCCCAACAACACUUCAAUUAAAUAAAACGUCAAAACGUCGAUCAACAAUCUUAAAUACUUCUUCAGAGACAUCUCCCCAGCUUCCACAAAAAAAAAAAAAAAAGGUGAGAAUCUCGAACGUCAUGAGUCUAACAAAUUAACGGCGAUGCGUAAAGCCCCAAAGCAUGUUGAAGUGGACGCAAUCAUUGUUCGAUCAGAAAUAAAUCGAAAAGAUCAACCUGAGGAUGCGAUCGUCCUGGGACCUUCCAGAGAUCGAAGAGAUGGUGAACAAUGGCUAGCUACUCCACAGAUGAUUCACGAAUCCUCAGAAGCUUUAAAUAUUUCAACUCAAACUCUACCUAUGAGCUCUUCAAUUUCGUCCCACUUUUCACUUUUGACAUCCCCAAAGCCGAUAGGCAGUUCUAGUCCAAGAUCGCCGCUGAAGGAUAUCGGCAAUAGAGUCACAAUGCGGAAGCUUAAGAGUUCAGGCAUCAAUCUUACAAAGCCAAGGCAAUCACCAGCCUCGUUCUCCAGACCUAUUAAAGAUUUAGAUGAUGAUGGAUUGGAAGAUGAAAAAAAAGAUUUAAAGGAAAUCAUGAUCAUGUGUUGCCGACAAGUGCGUAUGAUUGGACACAAAAUAGAUCGUCUGAAGGGUCAAUUUGUAGAGAUGAAAAAUGAAAUAACUCAUCUAAGAAGUGCCCCCCAUCCAAGCCAAUUAAUCGAUGGAUUUGGUAUAGAAUCAGAAGGAGAUGAGGCCAGAGAUGGAUUCAAACUACCGUGUAAGACUCUGGAAGAAUUGAGAGCUUUUGACAAGCAAUUGGAAGAGGAUAAGUCUUACAGGAAAAAAAUUUGCAUGAAGGUGCAUAAGUGCAUCAACAAAGAGCUUUCACUCUCGCGAAAUUUGGGCGUAGUUCUUCGCAAAUUUCUCACACAACAAGUGGGAAAUAAGAUGACCCCUUUGAAAAAGGUGCAGGGCAAAGAGCUGUUCAAGAAUCUGAAAUUUUAUGGUUGUCUUAUUGCUGUUUUUGGUUUAAAUUUUGGAUCUAAAAAAGAACCUUUGGAACGUAAGACUUUCAAUGUUGCAUUAAGUGGGGCUUUGAACAAUUCUGGAGACUGGGAUGGUGGACGAUCUCGUCGAGCUAAACGCACUAAGUUGAAGGAACCAAUCAAUCCAGAGUAUGGCGACGCAUUCAUGGCAGAGAUAUUAGCAGAAAAUGAGAUUGUUACAAACAGUCGAAGAGACGAAAGAAAUGGCGACUAGCUUUAUGGAAAAAAAACAACUCAAUUCGUCUAGGAAAGCCAUUUUAUCCAUUAAUAGUAGAAAUUAAUGUUAUUGAUGUUGAUGUUAGAAAAAGUUUAAAAAAAGAUUACGUUUUUAUUUUUCAAAGGAAGAAUGUUCAAAAAUAUAGGUUCUAAUCUGCAAUAAUGCUUUGCUAAUACGUACAUUUUCAUCAUAUAGUUUCAUUGAGAAAAAUGCAAAAAAUGGAAUGAAUGGAUUUAAUAAUACAAUUUUUUUCAUAUGAUACUGUUCCUUUUCAAA